CGGAGGAGGGGGAGGAGGCGGCGGCGGCGCCCGCCAUCAUGGAGCCGCUCUACGCCAAGUUCGUGUCUCAGAAGAUCAGCAAGGCGCGCUGGCGGCCCCCGCCCGCCGGGACCCUGCACCCCGCCGACACCUUCGCCACCGGCUCCUGGGACAACGAGGAAAACAAAGUUUCUCUGUGGUCCAUUGGAGACUGCGGCAACUCGGGCCCUGACAGCUAUGAGGGAGACCAUCAGUUGUUAUGCGACAUCACCCACCAUGGAGACGUCAUGGAUUUGCAGUUUUUGGAUCAGGAAAGAAUUGUAACCGCUUCGUCAACAGGGUGUGUCACAAUCUUCCGUCACCAUCCAAAUAACCAGACCCUGUCAGUGAAUCAGAAGUGGGAAGGAGCCCACCACCACGCUGGUCUGGCCAGUCCUUGUAGGAGCGCACCAUGUACGAGCGUGGCCUGUAACAACCCAGAAAUCGUCACUGUUGGAGAAGAUGGAAGAAUAAAUCUCUUUAGGGUAGACCACAAAGAUGCCGUUCGAACUAUAGACAAUGCAGAUAGCAGCACCCUUCAUGCAGUGACCUUCCUUCGCACGCCCGAGAUUCUGACCGUUAAUUCAAUUGGGCAGUUAAAAAUAUGGGAUUUCAGACAACAGGAAAACGAGCCCUCUCAAAUACUGUCCCUGACCGGCGACAGAGUUCCGCUCCAUUGCGUGGAUAGACAUCCCAACCAGCAGCACGUAGUAGCUACCGGUGGCCAAGACGGAAUGCUGAGCAUCUGGGACGUUAGACAAGGGAGCAUGCCGGUGUCUCUUCUAAAGGCCCACGAAGCCGAAAUGUGGGAGGUUCACUUCCACCCAUCGAACCCGGAUCAUCUGUUCACUUGUUCUGAAGAUGGAUCCCUUUGGCACUGGGAUGCCUCUUCUGAUCUGUCUGAAAAACCGUCGCUCUUCCACCAAGGUGGAAGAAGUAGCUCAUUUUUGUUACACAGCACUGUUAACCAUCCUCACAUCAAUCAGUCUAUUGUGAGUUCGUGGCUAAGCACCGAUCCAGCUAAAGACCGGAUGGAGAUCACCAGCUUGCUCCCCAACAAGACUCUCUCUGUAAAUAGUUUAGAUGUUUUAGGACCUUGUCUUGUCUGUGGAACUGAUGCAGAAGCAAUUUACGUUAGUAGGCAGCUUUUUGCAUGAAAAUAUCCUAAAUGUCAAAAGUUCAUUUGGGGGUCCAAAGUUUGAAUUGCCUUAAAACUCUUGAAGUUUUUAGGAGUGGUCUUCUGAAUUCCAGAAAUAUGAAAUAGGUAACAGUGAUGUUAGAGGUGCCUGGAUAUUCUUGGACAUUCUGACGGUCGUAAGUGAAUUCCCGUAGCCAUUUUUUCCCACUUUUUCUCAACUACCUUCCAUCUUUGAGAUUACUUCCUGGUAUUUCCCUCCCCCGCCCUUCGCAACCCUCCAAAUUGGAAAAGGAUAUUUUUUGGUGAAAACAAAAAGUGACAAAUGUAACUUUCGGGUGUUCAAGGAUACAAAAACACUUUGUUUAAAAAUUUCCAGUGACAGAAAUACAUUUGACCUGGUUACCUUAAUAGUACUUUUGAAAGCCGAACACUAGACCAAAAUAUUUUUGGUAGAAAUUAUUUUUUUUACCUUUAUUUUUCAUUUAACACUUUUGAAAUUUGCCUCGGGAAGCUGACGAGAUUUUUGUGCUGAAGUACUACAACCAAAUUGUAAAACUUAGGUCUGAAUAUGUUUUCAGUCUGAAAUUUAGAAAGUAAUUCCUUGGGUUUAUUUUUUUAUUGGGGGGGAGGGGGCAUUUCUAAAGAAUGGUGAAAAUAUCACAUGGCUGUAUAUGAGAUAUUGUCAUCUAAUUGGUAUUUUUUUGUACAGAUUGUACCUAGACUAAAAUAGAAGUUUAAUUAAAUUCUGUAAAGUAAAACUUGA